CCCGAAGUCCAGGGGGGACCCAGGCGUCCGGGAGGGGACCCAGAAGUCUGGGGGGGGGUACCCAGGAGUUCAGGGGGAACCCCGAAGUCCAGUGGGGACCCAGAACUUCAGGGGGGACCCAGGCGUCCAGGAGGGGACCCAGGAGUUUGGGAGGGACCCAGGAGUGCCCUAAUGGACCCAAGAGUUCGGGAGGGACCCAGGAGUUUGGGGGAACCCAAGCAUUUGGGAGGGACCCAGGAGUUCAGGGGAGGACCCAGGCAUCCGGGAGGGACCCAGGCGUCCGGGCUCCUCCCCCUGGUGCCGGUGGGACCCGGGAAGCAUCAGCGGGAGGUGACACCAAUGUUGUCACCACGAUGUGACCGUCACUUUUAAUGACACUGGCGCUGUCACCGUCGUUGUCACCGCGAUGUGACCCCUGGGAUCGUCACCUCCUGCCACAUCAGGUCCCAUGGCCGAGCGCUGUCCCCACUCUGGGGAGGUGACAACCGCCUCCCCCGGUGUCACCGUCAUCAUCACGGUCACCGCGGCCGAUGACGACGGGGACAUUGGGGACUUCGGGGACAAUGGGGACGUCUUGGUCACAAGUGACACCAGACACGGGGACAAGGACAUUGGGGACAAGGACAUUGGGGGCAGGAAUGUCCCGUCCUAUGGGGACAAGGAUGUUGGGGACACGGAUGUCACGGCCCUAAGGGACAUGGGGGACAGGGAUGUCACCACCCCAAGGGAGAAGGACAUUGGGGACAAGGACGUUGGGGACAGGGAUGUCCCAUCUCUUGGGGACAAGGGCCUUGGGGACAAGGACACUGGGGACAGGGACAUCCCAUCCUAUGGGGAUAAGGACUUUGGGGACACAGGUGUCAUGGCCCUAAAGGACACUGGGGACAGGGACAUUGGGGACAGGGAUGUCCCAUCUUGUGGGGACAAGGACAUUGGGGACAAAGACAUUGGGGACAAGGACACUGGGGACAGGGAUGUCCCAUCCUAUGGGGGCAAGGACUUUGGGGACACAGAUGUCAUGGUCCUAAAGGACAUUGGGGACAGGGACGUUGGGGGCAAGGACAUUGGGGACAGGGAUGUCCCAUCCUAUGGGGACAAGGACGUUGGGGACAGGGAUGUCCCAUCCUAUGGGGACAAGGACUUUGGGGACACAGAUGUCAUGGUCCUAAAGGACAUUAGGGACAGGGACGUUGGGGGCAAGGACAUUAGGGACAGGGAUGUCCCAUCCUAUGGGGACAAGGACGUUGGGGACAAAGACAUUGGGGACAGGGAUGUCCCAUCCUAUAGGGGCAAGGACUUUGGGGACACAGAUGUCAUGGUCCUAAAGGACAUUAGGGACAGGGAUGUUGGGGGCAAGGACGUUGGGGACAGGGAUGUCCCAUCCUAUGGGGACAAGGACGUUGGGGACAGGGAUGUCCCAUCUUAUGGGGACAAGGACAUUGGGGACGAGGACACUGGGGACAGGGAUAUCCCAUCUUAUGGGGACAAAGAUGUUGGGGACACAGAUGUCAUGGCCCUAAAGGACAUUGGGGGCAAAGACAUUGGAGACAAGGACAUUGGGGACAGGGAUGUCCCAUCCUAUGGGGACAAGGACGUUGGGGACAGGGAUGUCCCAUCCUAUGGGGACAAGGACUUUGGGGACACAGAUGUCAUGGUCCUAAAGGACAUUAGGGACAGGGACGUUGGGGGCAAGGACAUUAGGGACAGGGAUGUCCCAUCCUAUGGGGACAAGGACGUUGGGGACAAAGACAUUUGGGACAGGGAUGUCCCAUCCUAUAGGGGCAAGGACUUUGGGGACACAGAUGUCAUGGCCCUAAAGGACAUUGGGGACAAAGACAUUGGAGACAAGGACAUUGGGGACAGGAACGUCCCAUCUUAUGGGGACAAGGGUGCUGGUGACAGAGAUGUUGGGGACACAGAUGUCCCAGCUGUAAGGGACACUGGGGACAAGGACGUUGGGGACAGGGAUGUCCCGUCUUAUGGGGACAAGGACUUUAGAGGCAAGGACAUUGGGGACAAGGACAAUGGGGACAGGGAUGUCCCAUUUUAUGGGGACAAGGAUUUUGGGGACACAGAUGUCAUGGUGCUAAGGGACAUUGAGGACAAGGACAUUGGGGACAGGGAAGUCACAGCUCUAAAGGACAUUGGGGACAGGGACAUUGGGGAUAGGAAAGUCACAGCUCUAAAGGACAUUGGGGACAAGGACUUUGGGGACAGGAAUGUCCCAUCUCUUGGGGACAAGGAUGUUGGGGACACAGAUGUCACAGGUGUGAGGGACAUUGGGAACAAAGACAUUGGGGACAGGGAAGUCCCAUCUUAUGGGGACAAGGACAUUGGGGAUAGGAGUGUCUCAUCUUAUGGGGACAAAGACCUUGGGGACAGAGAUGUCACCACCCCUGGGGACAAAGACCUUGGGGACACGGAUGUCACAGUCUUAAGGGACACUGGGGACAAGGACGUUUGGGACAGAAAUGUCCCCCCUCUUGGGGACAAGGGCAUUGGGGACAGAGAUGUCACAGUCCUAAGGGAUAUUGGGGACAAAGAUGUUGGGGACAGGGAUGUCACCACCUCUGGGGCCAUUGGGGACACUGGGGACAGGGAUGUCCCAGCCCUUGGAGACACUGGUGACACUGGGGACACAGAUGUCACUGGUGUCAUCACCAUCAUGGUGACAGCCCCUCCCGGAGAGGAUGAUGACCUCACUGAUGAUGUCACCAAUGAUGACAUCACCAAUGAUGUCACCGCUGACGAGGUCACCCCCAAUGUCCCCAGUGACAUCACCAGUGACAUCACUUCCUGUCCCCGCGGUGGUGCCGUCGUUGCCAAGAGCGACGUCACUUCCUCCCCUCUCAGGGGUGAUGCUGCUGCUGAUGUCACCGAUGACAUCACCAGCAACAAGGGUGCUGUCAUUCCCGAGAGUGAUGUUCUUCCUGAGGGUGACGUCAGAGAUGAUGUCACACGAGCCCCCGCCCUUGGUGACAUCGCUGAUGAUGUCACCCCUGAAGAUGAUUAUGUCACCGAUGAUGUCAUUGCCGGGGAGGAGUGGCCACAACCAGCCCAGCCAGGCGAUGAUGUCACUGAUGGCAUCACCGAUGAUGUCACCAAUAAUGUCAUGGCCGACCCGCCUGAGGAGGGCGGGAAACGAGGGGGUGACCCAGCCCCGCCCCUGACCCCGCCUCCUGGCUGUCCCCCCAUCCUAUUGGCUGUUGGCUGCCUCCUGCUGGUCGGGCUGCUGCUUGCAGGGCUGGCGGCGGCCGUUCACUACAUCCGAGUUUUCCUGGUCCAGCAGGGGGCAGCGUCCUUCCCAUGAGCCUCUGCAGGGGGGCAGGGGUGCAGUUGGGGACACGGGGGUGACAAUAAAACCCCGCCAUGGUCACCCGGACGCCUGGGUCCCUUGGGGGUUAUGGGGGGGGCACCCGGGUGCCUGAGUCCCUUGGGGGGUCAUGGGAAGGCACCCAGAUGACUGAGUCGUUUGGGGGGUCAGCUGGGGGCACCCGGACGCCUGGGUCCCUUGGGGGGUCAUGGGGGGUCACCUGGACGCCUGGGUCCCUUGGGGGGUCAUGGGGGGCCACCCGGAUGCCUGGGUCCUUUGGGGGGUCAGCUGGGGGCACCCGAAUGCCUGGGUCCCUUGCGGGGGGGCCACAAGGGGUCGUGGGGGUUCACAGGGGUUUGGGUGGGGUCUCGGACGCCUGGGUCCCUUGUAGGGUCACGGGGGGGGGGUCAGCUCGGGGCACCCGGACGCCUGGGUCCCUUGGGUGGUCAUGGGGGGUCCUGGGUGGUCCUGGACACCUGGGUCCCUUGUGGGGGUCAUGGGGGAGUCAUGGAGGGGUCCCGGACGCCUGGGUCCCUUGGGUGGUCAUGGGGGGUCCUGGGUGGUCCUGGACACCUGGGUCCCUUGUGGGGGUCAUGGGGGAGUCAUGGAGGGGUCCCGGACGCCUGGGUCCCUUGGGUGGUCAUGGGGGGUCCUGGGUGGUCCUGGACACCUGGGUCCCUUGUGGGGGUCAUGGGGGAGUCAUGGAGGGGUCCCGGACGCCUGGGUCCCUUGAGGGGUCAUGGGGAUUCACAGGGCUUUGGGGGGGCACACCCGGACGCCUGGGUCCCUUGGCAGCAGGGGAGGGGCCGUUAUGGGGCUGUGGCCACAGGCACGUCUGGGCUUGUCACCAACAAAGGGACCGUUGUCACCAAGGGGACACCAUGGGGACAUUGCGGGGGUUGGGGGGCUUGGGGACAUUGGGGGAUUUGGGGACAUUGGGGACACUGGGGACAUCAGGACCUUGGGGACACCGGGGGGUUUGGGGACAUUGGGGACAUCAGGACAUUGAGGGGACACUGGAGACACCAGGGGCUCUUUGGGGCCAUUGGGAGCUGCCCAUUGUCACCCGGGGCCACCGUGUCCCUUGUCCCCUCCCAGGGGACGUCCCCAGGGGACUAUAAAUGGGGCCAAGGAGGGGACAGUGGGGACGGCGCCAUGGGGGUGACGGGGACACGCCUGGUGGCCUUGGGGACACUGCUGCUGCUGGGGGGCCCCGCCCAGCCCGUCCCUGUCCCCAACCCUGGCCCUUGGGGACACGCGGUGACGUCGCUGCUGCGGCUGCUGCGGCUCCUCCCGCCGCCACCACCCUCGGGGACAUUGGGGCCCCCAGGGCCACCCCCGGGUGUGGGGACAACAUGGGGACGUCCCCAAGGACACAAGGGACGUCCCCAGGGGUUGGGGACAUGUCACCAUGGAGCUGGGACGUGUCCCCAAGGGCCCAAUGGACGUCCCCAGCAGGUGGGGACGUGUCACCAUGGAGCUGGGAUGUGUCCCCAGGGGUUGGGGACACAGGUCCUAGAACAGGGGACACGUCCCCAAGGACCCAAUGGACAUCCCCAAGGGUUGGGGACGUGUCACCAUGGAGCUGGGAUGUGUCCCCAGGGGUUGGGGACACAGGUCCUAGAACAGGGGACACGUCCCCAAGAACCCAAUGGACGUCCCCAAGGGUUGGGGACACGUCUCCUGGGAUUGGUGACAUGUCCCCAAGGACCAAAGGGGUGUCCCCAAGGGUUGGGGACGUGUCCCCAUGGAGCUGGGACGUGUCCCCAAGGACCCAAUGGGUUGGGGACACAUGUCCUAGAACAGGGGACACAUCCCCAAGGACCUAAUGGACGUCCCCAAGGGUUGGGGACAUGUCACCAUGGAGCUGGCAUGUGUCCCCAAGGGUUGGGGACACACGUCCCAGAACAGAGGACACGUCCCCAAGGACCCAAUGGACGUCCCCAGGGGUUGGGGACACAGGUCCUAGAACAGGGGACACGUGUCCCGGAACAAGGGACACAUCCCCAAGGACCCAAUGGACGUCCCCAGGGGUUGGGGACACGUGUCCUAGAACAGGGGACACGUCCCCAAGGGACACUGGGGACAUGGGGUGAGUGGUGGCACCGGGUAGUGGCACCAAGACCCGACCUUGGGGACAUCGGGGACAGCGGGAGCCAGGACGAGUCCAGGGACGUCGGGGACAGCGGGAGUGACGGUUGGGGACACUCGAUGGAGCUGCAGAUGAUCCCGUGACGUCACCACAUCCCGAAUGUCCCAUUGUCCCCAAUGUCCCCGUGUCCCCAUCCCCAUGUCCCCAGUGUCCCCAGUAAAGGCGGCAGCAGCAUCA